ACCACUUCCUCUGGAGUCAGGACCAUACCAUUAUAAAAAGCCAGUUCAACCCACCCACAACACAAAGUCAAGGAGACAAAACAAACUAAACAUGAAUCCCAUUGGUUUCUCUCUUCUCUCCCUGGUUUCUCUAGCACUUGUCUCAAUUGUCACAGCCCAAGAAAGAGCCCCUCAUGGGCUUGUUUACGAGAACCCUGAAGCCUUUUCACCAUCAGCAUAUAACUUCUUUCACCCGAAUGAACGAAAGCCCGAGACCAAAGACCCUUGUGCUGCAUCCAAAUGCUCACCAAUGCCUUUAGCAGCACAAGUGGAAGCUACUGAAAUUCAUGAAAGCAAAGCCUCAACACCUCAAGGAAGUAAGAAACAAUUGGUAGCUGGUGGCGUAGCUGGCAUUAUCUUUGGUGUUGCUUUUGUUGUGCUUUUAGCUAUGGGGGUCUACCAUGUAAGGGUCACUGGCCGAGCCAAAGCCAAUGGUGCUGUUGCUUGAUGUGCCUUGCCUUUAAUUCUAUCAUAAUUACUUCAAAUCUCACCCUAGAUUUAGAACAAGGCAGUGUAAUGUAAUGCCCCUCAACUUUUAUUCCUCUAAUAUCUUACUACUAGACUAUUAGUUAUCUGCUUUUAUCUUCUUCAAUUUGUUUUUGGUUAGCCAAUGUAUCUACUGUUGUGAAUUGUGAUAUAGUGAUCAGUUUCAAAUUUGGAUAUUGUCUAA